UACUGUGUGAGCUGUGAUUGGUCACAGCUUGUCACAUGGUACAAGGCUGUUGUGAAUAGCCUUGUACCAUGUGACCUCUGUGAUCAUUCACAGAUUUCACACAUAGUAAGCACUGAUGUCAGAAGUGACAUCUUGCUUACUACUCUGCAUGUGAUCACUGAUUGGCCAAUCAGUGAUCACAUGAUCGGGACAUCGCACAGAGGUCCCGUCCGACGAUUGGUGUUCCACGGUGUCCGGAUGGACACAGCGGGCACCGGAUUGCGGGGAGCUCCCAGGGAGCGCGCACAAGCAGGGGGCGGGGAGGCCAUUUAUAAACGGCCACCGUCCAGCCGUUCAUAUACAACGGCCGGACGGGAGGUGGUU